AUGAAAAAUAUUAUACAGUCAUUAAGAGAUACUCGAUUGACAACUUCAGAGUUACUUGUUUACCAUGCAAUUUUCUUUUUUGUUGUUAUUUGGUGUCGUUUUAAAUGGAUCCGCAGAAAUUUUGAAAGAGUGGCCACAAAAAUGAUAGGACCUAGUGGGUACCCAUUCAUUGGCUCAUCAUUCGACUUUAUUGGAACAUCCGAACAGGUCAUGGAAAAAAUACUUAAAUUAGACAAUAAAUACAGUCCUGGACCGUUUAAAAUAUGGGUGGGUCCAUAUUUUGGAGUAAUUAUUAUUAAACCAGAGGAUGUACAAUCUGUGUUGAAUAAUUCAAAAGCUCUACAGAAAGAUCGUUUUUACGAUUUUAUUAAGAAUAUUUUCGGAGAAGGAUUGUUAACUGCCCCUAUUCAUAAAUGGCGGAAACAUCGUCGUCUUAUUACACCCUCAUUUAACUCCACUCUUCUUAGUCAGUUUUUCCCUGUAUUUAACGAAAAAAACCAAAUCCUAAUUAAGAAUUUAAAGAAAGAAUUAGGUAAGACGACACCAUUUGAUCUCUGGGAUUACAUUGCACCAACAACUCUUAAUUUAAUUUGUCAAACUGCAAUGGGUUAUAAUCUUGACAACCAAUCACAACAUGGUUCCGAAUUUGAGAAAGCCAUGAUAAAAGCAUCAGAACUGGAUUCAUUAAGGAUAAAAAGCCCGUGGUUAUAUUCAAACUUUAUGUUUAAACUAUAUCUAAAACUUAAGGGACAUUCCAAUGUAUUUAAUACGUUGUACAAGUUACCAUUAAAAAUGAUCCAGGAAAAAAGAGAUGCCUUUACACAGAGGAAAAUAUUAAAUAAGCCAAGUGCCACGAAUAUUACAGAUAAUGAAAAAAAAAAAUUAAAAGUAUUUUUGGACACAUUAUUUGAAUUGAACGAAGCUGGAGCUAACUUCUCCGACGAUGACAUUAAGGACGAAGUUGUGACCAUGAUGAUAGGCGGUAGUGAAACUAGUGCUAUUACAAUCUGCUUUAGUCUUUUAUUGUUGGCCAUUUACCCCGAUAUCCAAAAUAAAGUUUACGACGAGAUUUAUGAGAUAUUUCAUGAUGAUGAUGAAACAAUUACUGUAGAAGACACUACUAAACUGGUGUAUUUGGAACAAGUACUAAAGGAAACACUUCGAUUAUUCCCUGUAUUGCCUUUGAUAUUUAGAGAACUUCAAGACAACGUUAAAAUUGUUUCAGACGAUCACAUACUACCAAAAGGAACGACAUGUAUUAUAUCUAUAUUAGGCACACAUCAUUUUUCUGAAUUAUAUCCAAACCCUUGGAAAUUUAAUCCCGAUAAUUUCGAUCCUGAAAAUGUUGCUAGUCGCCAUAAGUAUAGCUUUAUAGCUUUCAGUGGUGGCCCAAGAGGUUGCAUAGGAUCCAAGUAUGCAAUGUUGUCUAUGAAAGUUGCAAUGUCUACGUUCUUGCGGAACUACAGCGUACAUACACACUAUACACUUGAUGACAUAAAAUUAAAAUUAGAUUUAUUAUUAAGAAGUGCUAAUGGUUAUCCCGUCACAAUCCAAAAAAGAGAUAGAAGACCUACAUACAUACGAAAUAAGAAAUUGUAA